UGACAGCCCUAAACAGAACAUAAACAACCAAUCACAGAACACUCACUCACUCACAAACAAGAACACGCAGUCCAGUGGCCACGCCCCCUGCCCGUGCUGCUGUUCUGACUGAGAGCUUUCUCAGCUGUCUGUCUUGCGUGCAGCAACUCAACACAGAGACGCUCUCUGUAAAAUAUCUUUGUCUUUAACUCAAGAUUUGCGUAUCACAGGAGAGUAGAAGUAUAUUGCCCAUAUUAAAAGUGGGUAAAUGCCGUUUACCUGCGUAAACCCUCGACUACACCACUGAGAUAAUGGAUGUUUGUAUUUAGAUGUUCAUUUUUUUUUUUUGUCGGGUAAAACUGGUCCAGUAGGUGGCUUUUUUUGUAAUCCGAGUCCUUCUGAGCAGUCGUGCUUUCAAAGAUGCCAAUACUGGUUACCAUGGUGACCGGAAAGACGCCCUGAUCCGGGUCGCAGCAGCACAAAGUGCAGCAAGACACCAUCCUUUUAAAUCAUACGCCCUUUCUUCAAGCGCAGAGGGUUACAAACCGGAGAUGCCAUUUUACAACAACGUGUAUUAUCCGUUUUCAUCUGAAACCCCAGGGACUCUGUCAUCGGCUGGGAUACCUUCCUUACUGAAUUCUCCUCAGAGCCAGUAUCCCUCCAGCAUUCCCUCGCGGUCUGCACCAGCACCAGUGCCUGCAAUAACAGGGAUGGUUGGGGGCCAUUUGCCAGCCUUUAAAUUCAGAGCACGUGAUGAGAGUGUGGACUGGAGGAGGAUCAGUGUCAUCAAUGUGGACAGAGUGGCCAGCGAACUUGACAUCAACACGCUGCAGGAGAACAUCAUGGCCAUCACAUUCUGCAACAUGGACAACGAAAGGUGUCCUUAUUGUCAGAACCCAGUGGAUCCAGUACUGCUGAAGCUUUUCAGGCUGGCCCAGUUCAAUGUGGAAUACCUGCUUCACUCUCAGGAAUGUCUCACUUGCAGUCUGCACACUGCAGAGGAGAGGAUAACUGCUUUGGGGCAGGAGAAAGAACAGAUUAGGGGGGGAAUGGUAAAGCAAUCAGAGGAGAUUCAAUCGCUGAAGGAAGAAUGCAAACGCAGGAAAAAGAUCAUCACCACCCAGCAGACAAUGAUUCAGGCUGGUGUCGGUAAUUACCACAAGUGUCAGCAUUGUGACAAGGCGUUCAUGAACUACUCCUUUCUGCAAAGCCAUACGCAACGACGUCACCUAGGAGAAUAUGAUAUUGCUGAAAAGCAGAAAAAAGGACAGACUGGUAAACUCCAAGAUGAGAUCAACAAGCUGAAGGAGCAGUUAGAGCUUACAAGAUCCCAGCUAGAAACUGAACAACACGCAUACAUGGAAAAACUUUCCAAGGAACAUGAAUAUCAGCGGACAAAGGAAGAAGAAAUUAUAAAGAGAUUUGAACAGUGGAAGGAUGAAGAAAAAGACAAGCUUGGUGGAGAAAUAGGCAAAAUGAGAGAGAUGUUCAUUAAAGAAUUCAAGGAGUUGUCUACUAAAAACACUGCUUUAGAAAAUGAACUUUUAGAGAUGAAGAAGUCCAAUGUACAGUUGAAGUCUAACAUUGGAGUUCUAAAGGAAGACAGAGACACUGACAUUAAAGGGGAGAAAAAUAGGUACCAUGAGGAUCUUCAAAGUCUUAAAGAGCUGCUUCAAAAACAGGAGGAAAAGUGGACUGAGAGGAUACAGAAAGUUCACAAAGAACAUGACAAGGAAAAGGAUCAGCUUCAGAGUGACCUGCAGAGGCUCCAGUCUUCACUGUCAGAGGAUGAAAAAGUCAGCAUCAACUUUUACAAGAAAAUAAUUGAAGAACUGGGCCAGAAGCUGAAGGAACAGAAUGCGAUAAUUUGUACUCAGAAAGAACAGAUUAAAGAACAUUAUUCAAAACCACCAGCAAGGAUUACAGAAUAUGCUAUACUUACUCCAACACCACAGGUUCCUGUUGCCAAACCAGUGACACAUGAGCAAGCAUUAUCAGAACAUAUACUGGAACCUAUAGAGGAGCUUUCAGAGGAGGAUAAAGUUUCAGAUUCGACAAACAUUUUAGAAAAUGAGACUGAUUGCAACCAGCUUCUGAUUAGGGCCUUGAAGAAAAAUCCUUCAUUAACCAAGGAAUUACGCCCAAUCUUAGAGCAGACUGUGGAAGACAAACUGGAAACUCUUGGUCUGAAACCAGGACUCUCCAGUGGCAUUUCCAGUGACCACCUUAAUAAAAUCAUGGUUACAAUGGAAUCACAAAGAGAAAAGAAAGAAAAGAAAAUGCCUGAUUUUCAAAACAUCCGAGAACAUCUUGCUGAUAAAUUGAGGAUCAAGGCCCAGGAAAGGAGAGCUACACUAAGCUCAGUGUUACAGAUGUCUACUUUUGAUCACCUGUCUUCAGAUAAGCAGAAGAAAAGCAGAUCAAAUAGUUUGCCAACAAGUCAGAGGCCACAAAUGAUGUCAAAAUCAAACAAGAAGGUGUCGCCACAGCCUGUGUUUCGAACAAAGACGCCAGCUCCAAAAACACACACACCAAAAACUCCUCCAUUCAGCUCAGAAGAAGACUCAGAAGGCGAAUCUUUUCGAAAACCUCACAAAGAGCCUAAAGUUAUCCUGUCAAACACUCCAGUUCCCAGUAGCAUUAAAACAAUGGUCAAGUCUGUUGAGAGCGACACUGACUGGACAGAGGAAAGUGAGAUUGAUCCCAAACGGCUGCAAGGUUAUAAAAAAGAAGCCACAGAAACAAACUUACUGAGUACUAAUAUCCAAGAAAUGAUUGGAGAUAUUGAAAAACAACUAGCUAGUCGAGGAGCCAAGAAAAAGCCAGUUGGCGGUGUAGAUGCAUUACAAGUGCCGAAAAGAAAAGAGGUGAUUCAAGAACUGAAGUUUUCAGAAGUAGAUGACGAUGACUGGGAUAUUUCUUCUUUAGAAGAAGAUAAGCCUCCAGCAGCAAAACUUGAGAAAGGCCAGCCUGCUUUCAUAGUCAGAAAGAGCUUUGAGUCAAAUUCAUCCACUAAUACCAGUAUCUGGGGCCCUUCAACCACGAAAGGAGUUCAUAGAACAGGAUUUCCUGAAGGAGACACUACAAGCACUUUCAGAAGCAGCCUGGCGACUGUCACUGACUGGAGUGAAAUUUCAGACAUAUAACAAAUCUAGAUGGUUUAUUUGCUAUGUAAGAAAAUUAAUAUUGCACUUGCACAUUUUGAAAUCUGAUUUAGCGAUAUAUAAACUUUAGAGUGCCUUAAAUUCAGUAGGUUUUAACUACUUAGCCAUAAACACAAGGUACUUAAAUUCUAUGGUAUUUUUAAGUGUGUUCUUUAUGCCUCGCACAUAUUUAUUAGCAUGUUUAUUUACAUAGGGGCCUAUAUUUACCCCUGUGGGAAAUCAGAAAGCAAAUUGCCCCCUCCAUACUAAUUGUAUUACAUGAGUAAUUUGCCCACAGUGGAAAAUUGGGCCCAGUGUCACAGCUCAGACACACGUCUUAUAGUAACUACCAUUACAGUGAUUCACUUGUUAAAAUGUCGUAAUACUUUUAAAAAGAAAUAUAUUCAAUACCAGUUUUAGUAUUUUUUCUGCACCAUUAAUAGCAAAACUGCCAAUUCUUUCUUAUAAAAUAACCAUGGUGCAUAAUCCACUGAAAUACAACAGCCUUAUCAGAUUUCAGAUUAAAUCGCAGUGCAAACUUAGAAGCAUGUCAUUUGGUCAAAGGUAGUUCAGGAGUUAGAAACUUUAACAGUAUUCUCCACAUUCAUUUGCUACCUACUGUCCACUGUUUUAUUUUAACCACAGCCAAAAAAUUUUAGAUAUGUAUGCUGUAUGCCAUUAUAACUUGGGCAUUGCUGCAAAGUACUGCCUCUGCCACACUGCUUGUACAGAACAUAU